AUGUCAAUGCACACGAGCCUCCGCCGAACAGCGGCCUCCGUCCCGAGCAGCACGAGCAGCAUCCUGCCCUUAAGCCAACUUAGCAGCCAAAGCAAAGCCACAACAUUCAUCUGCUCGCAAUGCCGCCAUGCGACGCUUCUCCGGCGCCCAAAGCGGCCCUACACCUUCUCGCAGCUGAUCACACUCUCUGACGGCAGCGCCUUCGUGCACCGCACCACCUCCCCUCCCCCUAGCAAGCUGAUGAACGUCGAAGACGACGAGGCGGGCCGUCUUGCUGCGUUCCGUGCGCGCUUCGGCCGCGGGUUCGAUGCGAAUGCCCCUGCCGAGGCUGAUGCGGCCAAGAGUCCCGAGGAGAAGAAGGCCGCCGAGGAGGCGAGGAAGGCCCAGGAGGCGGCGGAUCAAGAAGAGGAGGAUAACCUGCUCGAUUUGAUUAGUUCCUUUGGACAGCAGGAAGCGCCGCCGCCCGAGAAGAAGAAGCGGUUCUAA